CAAAAAAAAAAACAGCACCCAACGCGCUCCAAAAAAAUCCCAACGAUUGAAUAAGACAAGAAAACGAACAACGCAACGCACGAGAAAAAUAAAUCAAAACAAACACACAAAAAUAACGGCGACCAAAGAGAAGGCGGCGCACUGAAUAUCCAUAAUUCUAGAUACGUCGAUGCACUACAGAGCGACAGCAAUACAUCUGCGCACCUGACACCAAGCAGAAGCGCCCGGAAAAGCAGCAACAACAAAAAAUUAAAAGAAGAGAACGAAAGAACAAAAACAACAAACAAGAAAUCAGCCAAGAAACCAAGUACAGCAACAACAGCAAGAACAGCAAGAACAGCAACAACAGCAACAAUGACAACGAAACAACCAAGAAAAGUAGCACCCGAUGGCGGCUGGGGUUGGGUCGCCUGCUUUGGCGUCAGUUUGGUCAACCUGGCCACCCGCUCGAUUGAGCCAUCGUUUGGGCUGCUGUUCGGGGACACGUUGCGGGAUCUGGAUGUGGGCACCACCGGGGCGGCGAUUAUCAUCAGCACGAUGGACGUGUGCAUGAACUUCUCGGGCUUGUUUGUGGGUCCGCUGCUGAAGGAGUUCUCCUACCGCAAGGUGGCCAUUGCCGGCUCGCUGCUCUGUGGACUGGGCCUGGCGCUAACCUCGCCGGCCACCACCAUGGCGCACAUACUCAGCACGUACAGUGUGAUCAAUGGCAUUGGCGUCGGGCUGUCGACGUCGGCGGCGUUUGUGGCCCUGAAUCAUUAUUUCAAGCACAAGCGCGGCCAGGCGGUGGGCCUGUCCAUGGCGGGCACAGCGAUGGGCAUGCUGAUAAUGCCGCAGCUGGUGCGCAUCCUGCUGGAGGGUUAUGGCUUUCGGGGCGCUGUCCUGUUGCUGUCCGGCGUUGCGCUGAAUGCGACCGUCGGCUCGGUGCUGUUGCAGCCGAUCAAAUGGCACAUGAAGGAGGAGUUCGAUGACGAGGAACUUAUGUGUAUAUCGGCGCUGCCAACGCCGCAGCCGCAGCUGACGGCAGGCGGCACUGGCGCAGCAGCGAAUCCGGCGCCCACGUUCAACGUGAUCAAAGAGGAUGGCAAUGAGGAGGAUGCGCUGCCGGAGCUGAAUACGCUUCUGUUCAACAAGCAUCACCACCAGCACAAUCAUCCGUCCAUACGCAAAAACUACUCCGAAAUGGCAAUGAACACUAUGAACGGCUCCAGGCUGGGUCUGACCAAGCGGCCAACGUUUCCGCGCAUCAUGUCCCUGGCGGGUGUCCAGUCCGCGGAUGUGGGCAGCGGCAGCGGUGGUUAUCCCUCACAGGCCGAGGUGAAUACAACGCAGUUGCGCUGCCGCAAGGCGUCGGUCACCUCGAAUCUGUCCUACAUGGAUUUCACCGGCUCCAUACUCCAAGUCCAUCUGAACACCGGCGACGAUGAGUUCGAGCAAAACGAUCGUGAGCUGCGACGCGUGGGCACCGCCACGGGCAGCAUUUUGGGCGGCCAUCGGGAUAGCUUCAUCAAAAUGAAGCCCACCGAGCUGGAGAAACAACAAACGGAGCUGGAUGAGGAGGCCAAGAAGAAUGUAAAGAAGCCCGGCUUCUGGCGUCGAUUUGCCGAUCUGCUCGACAUUGCCAUGCUCAAGGACAAAAUGUUUCUCAAUCUCCUGUUCGGUCUGUCCAUUUUCUACGUGGCCGAGAUGAACUUCAAGAUGGUGACGCCCUUCUUCUUUGCCAACCUGGGCUACUCCAAGGCGGACGUCGCCUAUUGUCUAUCGAUAACAGCGAUUACGGAUAUUGCGGCGCGCAUUGUGCUGCCUCCGCUCUUUGACAGGACGACGAUCAAGAAGCGCACCAUAUUCCUGGUCUCCAUCAUCUUUGUGGCACUCACGCGUUCCAUCAUGGCCGAGCAGACGGAAUGGACUCAGCUGAUGGUGUGGCUAUCCAUAUGCGGCUUCUUCCGCGGCUCAGCUUUGAGCAACUUUACGCUGACCGUCUCCGAGUACUGUUCGCUGGAGAAGCUGCCCUCGGCCUUUGGCUGGCAUCUGGUGGGCAAGGCGCUGUUCGUCAUCAGCUUUGGACCCUUGAUUGGUCUUAUUCGCGAUUUGACCGACAGCUAUCCCAUUUGCAUACACACGCAGAGCGUUUGCAUCCUGAUAUGCGCCCUGGCCUGGGGCAUUGAGUAUCUGGUCGAGUUUAUUCAAUCGCGUCGUCGAACCGCCGAUGCGGCACAGCUGCCCACACAGGAGGGCGCAACAGGAGCCGCAGCCGCAACAGAAGCCACAACAACAACAGCGCCAGCCGCUCAGGAUGUCAAGCUGUAAUAUGAAGGCCAAAGAUCAAGAGAGAAUUAAUAGAGAUGCAUUAAUUUAAACUCAUACACUGAAACUAAAUGCAUACUACUUAAUACUUAAUUAGUUAUAUGAAUAGAUAUAUACACACACACACACAUAUAUAUAUAUUUAUAUAUUUAUAUAUAUAUAUAUAAUAUAUAUAUACGUAUGUGGGUUAUUUGCGGCACGAGUUAAGAUCUGCCCAGCAAAUAGUUUCAGUUUUGAAAAGGAAGCAUAUUCUCCAUAACUUUCAUUCGUGAAUAGCCCACAAAAUUAUAUAAUAUAAAGCCGUUGCGUAGUGUAACCUUCUCCUCUAAUUGUAUUUAACUCUCAUUUGCCAGUCCAAUAUAUAUGUAUGUAGUAUGCUCUAGCUAAGAUCUAUUAACGUAACGUUUCAUAUGAUUUAUGCUUAAUAUUAUUUUCCUUUUGUUUUCAUCAUUUUUUUUUUUUGUAUUAUUGUAUGAACUUGUAUGUGAUAGUUCAAAGAUAGUCUAUAAGUUAGUUCUUAACAAGAAAAUUUACAAAAGUUAAUAUGUAAACUUAUAAUGAACAAAAAGGCAUAAAAGCAACAAAUAACAAAAAUGGCUUUAAAAUUGAUAUAUGUUACUUUAAAGCGAAGUUAAGCAACGAGCAUAAAACAAGAACCCAACACCAACUAACUAUAUAUGUAACUAAAGUGGAAUUGAUUUAUCAGUUUAACAAGUUUAUAUGCCUAUUAUAUGACCAUAAAAAUAUAUAUAUAUAUAGCUGAAGCCAAGUUAAGUGAACUUAGUUAACUUAAAUAAAGUUAUGUUCAAAAAGGUAUUACAUAUA